AUGGAGCGAGUGCGUGUUGCGUGGUACGCGGCCAUGAAGAAGGCCCGAGAGCAGGGCUUUUCUGUCGUUUUUGUCCGAUUUGCGCCGCGGCGGUAGCCGCUUCUGUUUGUGUUUGACGUGGAAACUGUUAGAGGUGAACUCAUCGAUGAAGGAAGCGCGGGAACAAAAAAAAAACUCAUCUCCCGUCGCGCUCCACCGUACUCCUCACAAACAUCAGCUCUUUGCAUGGAGCUUGACUCACUUUUUCAAACCGUUUUUCUCGAAGCUUCUUCCAACUUGUUGAGAGAAUACUUUGUAGUCAUCUAGGACUUUUGAGGGCCAUUAUCUUUUUUCGCAAGCUUCGAAGGCCGUUUUGAGACCAGAUUCAGAGUCAACGUGAAAAACUGCAUCUAGUGAUGUUGGUCUCAUUCGCAAGUCUGAUUGCGAAUGAAGACCAUUCUCUAGUAAGCAGCAAUGACUCAAUACCUUUCAUAAAGAUUCAUUCUGAAAAUUUCUAUUUAUUCCAGAAGAUCUGAAACAAUUGCUCAAUUUGAAGAAAUCAGCGAACUUUUUUAAACUUUCAACUCAGAUUCCAUGCAUUCGAAAAGACACGACGAAAAUCGUUUCCGGCACUCUUAUCAACAGCCAUCCGUCCCCGAGAUCCUCCUCAUUUAUCACAGCUCUCCGACCUUGUUUUCGUGUCCAUGAAGCUUGAAAGUGAGACUUUCGGUGGUCAAUGAGUCCUUGACAAGUUGGUAAACGGCGCAACAAUUGCUCCUGGUUGUUUGGCUGAUCUCCAAGCAGCCGCUGCAGCUUUUCCCCCACUUUUUCAAUCAUUCUGGGAGGUCAAUCGUUUAAACUUCCGUUUGAUGUCCGCAAAGGGCAACCGUGACGCUUCACUCAACCUUUUUCUCCGUUUUUCCUAAAUUACUGCGUCAGUCAGACGGACUCAUCAGGUUAAGAAUACAUUCACUAAUUGAAACAACGCCAUCGUUAUUAUUAGUUCCUAGUUUCUGCAGGUUGCAGCUUUCGUAAUACCUACCUGUGAUUCAAUUACAUUUAAUUGAUGCACUUUAAGCGGAAAAUGAUAAGUAACAUUUGAAAUGAUCUUAUGGAGCUCUUUCUCCUCUUUACGACAGUUUACUUGGAAUCUCACAUUAGUAAUUUUGGAGCAACCUUUCCAAAUUAUUCUCAUAGCCGGUUGUUCAAAUAAGAUUGAUUUUAUCUGAAAAGUGUGCCAUAAAAACACCGAUUCUGAAGUGAAUUCAAAAUCGCAGUAUAAAUUUGAAAAAUUGAUAAAUAUUCAUCAAGGAAACUUUUCUUGUUCAACACUUUAGAAUUCUAUCAAAACUGGCCUCAAUCCUUGGUUCACGUCGCAGAAGUUUCUUAGCGUUCCUAGUGACACCUUUAGCAGCGUCAGCACUCUUAAGUGAUCCCUAGAGAUGCUUAGACACGUCCGCGGACCGUCCGAUUCGCGUUACGAAGGUCCGAGAAAGCUUUUAUGACAAAGAACUUUCGAUCCAAAAAACAUUAAACUCUGUGCAGUUUCACGUAGCUUUUUCUAAUGAAAAUCUCUAAAAAGUGACAAAAUCAUUUCUAGUCUUUUUUUUAGUGAUUCCAUGUUUCUUGGUCCCAUCGAAGGAAAAAUGUUCUCUCCCAGUUUCUCGAAAUCCCGCAACCCCAAAAUAUCCUUUCUCCGUUCUCCCUUGAUUCAGCUCGGCCUUAUCAUUGAUCCGAAAGGUCAGUCUGGCGAGCUUCUACCGCAGCUUCAACCUGCUAUUUACCUGCCACCGCACCCAUGUUUGUUGACGGCGCGGCAACGGUGGACGAUGUCGCCGCCGCGUCUCGCAUGCCUUCGCGGCAGCUUGACCUCGCGCCCAAGAACACGAGUUAAUAGAUACUCGACAAGAAAAGGUCCGCACAAACACACGAUCCUCCCGUUGUUUGACGUCUUCGUGUCUUUUUUUUCAUCACCGCUUCUCCUCUUUCUUUUUUUUCGCAAGCAACAAGUAGGACUGCGCUCGAGCCGGUAUCUCUUAGCCACAGAAGUUCAAAAAACCAGUGCUCUAUUCACUGCGAACUUAUAUCUAUAUCAAGAUUUUUCCCGGACCAAAUUCCGACUCAAGCCGGUGGGACAUCAAUAAAGUUGCUAUACUGAUAAAGUUCACUGGCUGCAAUUGUUAAAAUAACUUAAAAGAAUAAGAAUCAACAGAAAAAUAUGUAUCUUAGAUCUUUAACGCUCGUAACUGGUUAGACUUUCUGAGAAAGGUUCUUGAAAACAUUCCGGUCAUGAAAAUUGGAAAAAGGAAAAUUCUCAGAAACCCACCCACUCCUGACUUUAUUCCCGCAAAAGUUUGAAGUACAAAUCCUGCUGGAAAGUUGAUUAAUUAAAAUCGCAACCUACGUUGAUCUUCUAACUUCCAGGCGACUUUUCACAAAACGCCAUUCAUUUGAGAAAAAAAAUCACCUGUUUCAUUUGUAACUAAAAUCUAGUUUUUUUCUUUUUUGCAGCUGUUGUGUUCGGAAAAGUUGCGAUUGCAGAUUGAUAAUAUUGGCUUUCCAAAAAAGGAGAAAAGGAAACGGAAUAAAAGCUGAAAGUUUAUAAUUUUCUCGAGAAUGCAUGGAUCAGCUAGUUUUUUGUUCGUAAACAUUUCCUAAAGUGUUGCUUCGUCAAUGGAGGACUUUAAUGAGAAUCUCUGAGAAAACCCAAUGAAACCAACAAAAAGAUCUAUAGAAAAGUCGUAUUUUGGUAGAACUUUUUCGUUCUUGGAAAGAUUCUUUUUUUUUCUGAAUCUCUCGGAUCGAAGCUUCUUCCACAGACACUUGAUUGGCUUCACAUGUGCCGUUUUUUCUCGUUGCUGCUAGUUUUUUGUGUCCGUCCGCCUGACAACAAGCCAUUUCGUUCGGCUCCGGAACGGCCCUGGGGGUCGAGCGUAAAAAAGAGUGGCAGGCGCAACUGCAAAAACGAUUGAUGUGAAUUCCAGCUUUCAUGGUGGUCCCGACAACAGUUUACGACCGAAGCUUGAUGCACUUUUCCACUGUCGGGUCCUCUUUCAUCCAAUUGUAUGGUAGCUUCGGUGGAGAGAAUAGGGGUUUUUUGAAUGGUAUGGAUUAAAGACUGGGACUUUGCAAAAUUCAUGCGGUUAUACCAGAUAACUCUUGUUCAAGAAAAACGACUUCAGCUUGGGCUUGGAAAAAAGAAGGUCAAUGUAAUCCUUUCUAAAAGUUGGAAACAUGCUUGGCCUGAGCAAAGCUUUCAAUCCAUUUUUUUCAAACAGUCUGACUUGUCUGCGCUCUUUUUUCCCUCCCCGGCAAGGUCAUAGAAUAACGAGCUCAAGGAAAAGAAUAAGCAGCUGCUCCCAAGCAUGCAACUCUGUUCGUAGUUCGCUCGAUGUUAAGCUUUUUAACCAAGAAAAAAGAAAAGUUCCUUUUGGCGGCGGCACCUACGCUCCUCUCCGUAAACUGUUUCACGUCACUUUUUGACGCGUUUGCUUACUUUCCUACUCUGAAACGAGAAAUUCUUCACGCUUUUCGAGGUGGUCUCAUUUUGAAGAUAUUUAAACAUUUUUUCCUUCUUACUAACAGAACUUGAAGCUUCUUCUUUUUUUCAUCUUUCUACUUCAAAAUCGGUACUAUUGAGUCUUUUCCACUGCUUUCUCACAAAUCCUAUAAUGGAGGAACCCAUUUUCCUGUAACCACAUUUUGCAAUCGCAUUCUUCUUCUGUCCCUUACGACUUCUUCCAAUAAUUCGUGUUUCAGACAUGACAUCGGGUUGCUACUUGUGCAGCGACUGCAACACGGUCUUUUCGACGUUCGAUGAGCUUCAGACUCACAUAGAUCACGUCCAUCUGCAGACCAACGCCGAGGACGAAGAGCAGGUCUGAUCCUUAUCUCCUCAUCACUAUGUUUAUUUACAAAUCCCUUGUCUCAUGAAAAAAGUUAAGUUUGUGAAGCCCCGUAGGAAGCCGCGAAUACUUGGAAACGAACAGGGCGAGAGAAAGUUCAUGAGCCUCCUAAUCCGCUGAAAAUAUCAGUCUCUUUAUUUUCCAGUCAGGUUAAGCGGAGUUAUUUCAGUCUGCAAGAUUUUUCUUCAGCUUUUGGAAGUCUUUUAAAAAUUUGAAAAAUAAGAUUAAAAACAACCUUGAGACUUUCAAAGGUUCUAGAUAUCUUUUUAUACGUUUUUAUGUUAUUUAGCAUUCUGAGGUUGUGAAAAAUGAAAAAUGAGAACUAGAACGGCUUCCUGGAGUGGCACCAGGUCCAUGAAAGGUUCCGAAUCAAAUAUUAUGAGAUUCGAAGAUUUUCCUACCUUGUAGACGUAGUUUACAUCUUAUCCACUCGCAUUUUUUACUGACUUCCAAGGUAUCAAGGCAAAAAUAGGGUGACCGAUUAGGCUUCCUCAUCCAGGACAGUGAGACUCAGAGCCUCUCCCACAACCCCAGAACCUUAUUUCGAAGAAGAAUACCUCUGCCAAGCUCCCACCAGCUCCAAGGACAUCAAACCCCAGAAAAAAGACCUGGAACGGCUUCCUGAGGUGGCACGAGGUGCUGUGGGGCGUGGCCGGAAGAGUCCACGCAAGUUUCUGGUCGCCUCAAGGCAGAGUUAUGUUUCGGUGCGUGGCGGUGCCGCUGAGCCAUUUGUGCCGCUGGCCUGAAGCUCAUCUUCUCCAGCUUCUCCGCGCUUUUUGGAGCUGUGUAACGUGCACGGUUUGGUUUACGGGUCGUCGCGCGGGGCGGCGCGUCAACAAGACUGAUUUGCCACAAGCUUGUGCUCCGCCAGGGCUGCUGAGGUCGGCUCCUCGAGCUCUGUAGCUUCAUCUUUUUUCGAGAAAUCCAUAACCUACUUCUUCUAGACUAGGUAUUCUCAGAACGGUUCACCGUUUAUUUUUUAUGAAAAGUAGGUCUUCUAGGUUUUAAUACGUUAAGGUUUCUGGAAGCAGUCAGCGCGACUUCCUACAAAAGCUACUACAACUUUUUAUAGUGCACCAGGAAAUUGGAAACAGAAAUAACCACUACAUUAGCUCUUUUAUUCUACUCUUUCUUCUCAUUUUUCCUUGGAAAGCCUAUACUUCAAUCUUUUUUUUCAAAUCUUUUCAGCUCCUAUUAUGCUCAAGACUAUAGCUGGAAUUUUUUUUUUCUGAUUUCAUAACAUAAAAUUUCAUGAUUUCAUGAAAAAAAAUUUGUUUCACCGGCAUUGACUAAAGUAGUAGCAAUACUAGAAACAAAAAGCAUUAUUAAAAAAUUCUCAAUAUGAUAUAAUUUAUUUUGGCGUUCGAUCGAAGAAAUCGUAUUUUUUCGAGCCCCCCUUGGACGUUUUUUUCCUCUUUAUUUGACCACAUUAAAACGCCGCAAGGUUCACUGAUAAAGAUUAAAAUUGACUCUAGCAACAACUUCAUUUUUUUUUUCUUAGUGAGAGCUGACUAUCUCCUUUUUUCAGAGCUUCAAGAUUCAAAACAGAGCUUCCGACUUAUUUUUCAAGCUUCUCCCACGAUUUUCUCUCUCUUACUUUUUUUUUUAGUUGUUUUCUCUUCUGUCACUAGUGCUCAUGUUAGAGCCAAUGGCAACCUACCGUAGCCACGGCGAUCAGAUGAGUGAUGAGUCUGACUAGUGGGCGGAGCCAGGCCAUGAGUGUAAGCGUGAGCUGUUUGAGCGACGGGCGUGGCGACGUCUCCGCUCCGCCCGCUGCUGCCAAAGAUCUUUUGGCUUUUCAUGACAAGUCUCAAGGUCACCAGCUUCUACCUACUUGUUACAAUACUUCCCAUUAAGGUCUUCGUUGCCUUUUGAGCUUGCUUUUCGCAAUAGACUCAGGAAAGAAAAAGCUCAAAUCAAAAACACCUACUCUCUUUUCCUCACUUUUUCAUUAUAAACAACUUCUUAUUUUUGAACUUGAUAUUUCUCCACUUAACCUAACCUGAUGUCCUUUAUGAAAAUCCACUGUUUACCAUUUUGAAAGGCUUUCCUAGAUCGGUUGAUAUUUGGCUGAAGGUUGCAGUCAGAAGAAUGAACUUCUUACAAAAAGUUAUAUUUUCAGCAUCUGCUUCUUCUAACUUCCCUCAUAAGAUUCCUGUCUAUGUUUCACUUCAAAUUUUUGAAGCCUUGUUCGAACUGGGAGAUCUAAAUUGUUAUCACCCCUUUUUUUGAGAAAAAAAAAAUGCAAGUGCCAAUUUCAGAGCAAUUAUUUAAAAUUAGAUACUUCUCCAGAUUUUUUCAAUUUUUCAAGAUCUCUUCAAAGCAAGUCAGUCUCUUAUUAUUUCUCAACAUUUUAAAUUGGAAGAAGCUUUGUUCUAGCCUCUUUUUUUUCUUAUCGAAAAUUUUGAAAUGAAGUUGUUAAAUUCAAAGAAUAGGACUAUUUUUUGGACAAAUAUGCUCGAAUCAUAUUUUUCUGAAGGUUUUAGAUGUUCGGAAAUCAAUCUGGAGUUAAAUAGAUUAAAAGAAUAGGUCUCUCUUUUUCUAUGAAUUUUUCUGCUUUUGAAAAUAGUUUUUCCGUACUCCUCUCUUCUUUCAGCAUUGAGUUUUGACAUAAACUUUUGCAUCAACCAUCAAGUUUAUCACUAUUAAACAUCAAAUCAAGGAACUUACAGAUUUCGCCGCCCAACGCCGAGAUGAUGAUCGACGUCGAGUUGCCGAGCAGCAGCGACGAUCCGAUGAUGGGCGACGAUGACGUCAACAAGGAGUCGGACGACGACUCGAGCUCCCUCACCAGCAGUGACGUCAUCGGCUUCCAAUGCCGCUUCUGCCCCGUCAAGUGCGAAGACCAGAAUCAGGUGCGUCUUUGUUUUCUGAAUCUGGAGAAUUCUGAAGUUUUCAGCUGAACAUCCACUACCUACACCUGCACCAAGACCGUCCGCGGUACGAAUGCGAGGAAUGUCACGCGAUUUUCGCCGUCAAACGCGAACUUGCCACUCAUAUGCGGAUCCACAGUGGAGAGCAACCACACAAGGUGGGUAAUAAAACGAAAACAUUCAUUUUACCAUUUUUGUUCAAAAUAAUUUCUUCUUGAAGAUGAUUAUUCUCAAACAGACAAGUCAGUAUCAACAGGCUAACUACAACUUUUAAAUCAACGUCUUUCCUCUUGAACUUUAUCGAUUUCAGUGCACCCAAUGUGGAAAAGAGUUCGGAACGAGACAAUUGCUGAAGAAGCAUUGGAUGUGGCAUACGGGAGAACGAUCUCACGUCUGUCCUCACUGCGGCAAGGCCUUCUUCCAGGUCACUAUUUUAUAUCGUAAAGCUCGAACCUCUUCGAAUCUUCAACUAUAGCUUUUCAUCGCACGUCCCAUGUUAUUUUUCAGAAAGGCCACCUCACUCAACAUUUGAUGAUUCAUUCCGGCGGAAGGCCGCACAGGUGCCAGCAGUGUCAAAAGACUUUCAUCUUCAAGGUGAGCCCGAGAUUCCUUCAUGUUUCAAUGAUGCUGAUUCCAGUUUGACCUGAACCGCCACAUGAAGAUCCAUCAAGAACGCGGAUUCUCCUGCCAAAGAUGCGGCCGGUCGUUUUUGAGGCAGCUUCUUCUGGACGAACAUUCUACGAGAUGCAAGGGAAAAUCGUGAGUUUUUGAUAGCUUUGAUAUUAUAUUUAUGUAAAUAGGGGAAACUUAUAGGCUAGAACAAUCUUCUGUUCCUCUAUAAAAAAACUGUAACUUAAUUUGCAAUAUUUGAAAUUAUCAUAAUUCAAAUAAAUUUUUUUCAGUUCUCCAGCUGCAUCAAGGCAAUCUUCGUCGCCGGUGAAGCCUGAGCCGAUAUUCCAGAAUCUUGGCAGCCAACUGAUUCUCAACGACCAGAUGACCAAGGUUUGUACCAUUCAACCCAAAGCGAUAUUUUUCUAAGAAAUUGGCCAGAAAAGAUGUUUCGUGAAGAUCUUGAAAGUCUUGAAAAAGCAAAAACGCCUUGAAAUUCGCGAAAAUUUCAAAAUAUUUCAUAAAUAAUAUUCCCAUUCUCUCAGAAAACUUUCAAAAACUAUUUAACCUUCCUUGUAGGAUCAAAAACUCGUUCACUUGUCAGAUUAAAGACUUUGCUUUUUUUAAUCAGAAAUCCGAAGGUUCUUUUCUCGAAAAGGCUUUCUUGAAAUUCGAAAUUUACUUAGAGAUCUUACAUAACUUCCUCCAACCCCUUCCUCUACUCUUUCAACUUCACCUGAUCCUGUUCAGAUGGCCCAGAACCUCGUGGCGCAGCAGCAGCAGAGGGCUCUUGCGGCCAUUCUGGCGCAGCAACAGCAGCCGACGCCUCCAGCCGUGGCUCCGGCGGCCUUCUUCUGCGUCCUCUGCAACAAGGGCUUCCCCAACCAGCCGGCCUUCACCGUCCACAUGUACUUGACUCACAUCGCCGCCUCCAGCGCCGUUCCGGCUUGUCUUCCCCCGCCGGCCAUCGAGAAUGUUCGUUCCUUUCUUUUCAUGUUCAUUCUUUCACAAACACUGGAAUUUUCUAAAACAUGGAUUCCAAAUGAGGUUUAAGAUUCGAACUUGAAAAGACUUAUUUCUUUCAAAGCACUAUGAAUUGGAAUUAUACUCAGAAAAUGAUUGAAGCUUCGUAGGCUUUUCCGUGGUUUUCCAUUAGUUUUCAAACGAAAUUUCUGGAUUUGAAGUAGAAUUAUCUUAUCUUCAAGGUUCUCUGUCAGACUAUCACUUCUUCUUUUCAGAUACAGACGACUCAACUCACCGGCUUGACCAUGCCAGUUGAUCAAGUCCAAGUCAAUGUCAAUGAGCAGCACGAGACCGCCACCAACACCAGCUGCGCUUCCAGGUUAGAAUCUGAAAUUGAUUCAUUUUUAACUAUUGAUUGGAGAUUUUGGGCUCACUCUACCUCAGUUUGUAAGGCUAAAGCUCAAAACAAAAAAUCUGAAAAUUAUUAGCGAAAAAAAAGGGAAAAACUUAAGAAAAUCAGAAAAAAAUUAACUUCUGCGUUUGCAGCCCUCAAAAGUCGCCGCCUUUCGCCGAGUCGUCGUCGUCGUCGCAGCACAGCGAAGAAAGCGUGUCGCCGGCGUCGCAGUCGCCGUGUCCCAGCGACUCGAAGUGUCGCGACUGCUUCUCGCACGGCCUGCGACUGCAGCAGCUCGAGAACCAGCUCGUCAGCAAGGGCGAGGAGCUCGACAACUACAAGAAAAUUAUGAAGACGGUUCGUUCUAUCGAUUUGACAAGCCUUGGAAGACAAGCCAAGCCUCACCUGGUUCAAGUGAAUCAUCAAAAAAAAAAAAUGCCAAGUCCAAAAUACAAGAAGAAGUUAGACCAAAAAGUUCAAAAAAGUAUCCUUUUUUAAAGUUUAUUUUCAAAGUUUCUUCAAAUUUGCCAAAAGUAAAUUCAUCUUCGUUCAAUAAUGACGUCACCUUGUUCAGGUGGUGCUGACGUCAGGACAGUUGCUGUCGCAGUGUCCCCCAGACAACAUGUUCAUCCUGCACGUUCGGAACAUCUUCGACCAGCUCCGAAGUGCUCUCUGA